UUUGGUAUAAAUAGUGAGGAUCUUGGAGAGAUGAGCACAGUUCAGCACCUGAUCUGCAAUGAGGGUGAUUCUGUGUUUCUUGGGGCUUCUCGCCCUGGCUUCGGCCCGGCCGGACAUCGAUGACACUACAAUUGUCAACAUGGACGUGAAACAAAAGCAGCUCUUCAUCCUCAAGUUACUUAACAACAUCCUCCAACCCGUCAUGUAUAAGGACAUUGAAGACAUCGGCAAGAACUUUAAGAUACAUGAAAAUGUUCAACUUUACACAAAACAAGAGGUUGUGAAAACAUUCGUCAGCCAUUUGAAGGAUGGUUUCUUACCCCGAGGUGAGGUGUUUACUAUUCACGUUGAUCGUCAACUGAAGGAGACAGUGACAUUAUUCCACAUGCUGUACUAUGCCAAGGACUUCACCACAUUCCUGAAGACCGCAUGCUGGAUGCGUAUGAACAUUAACGAGGGUAUGUUCGUGUACGUUCUGUCUGUAGCCGUGCGCCACAGAGAAGACUGCAAAGGGAUUGUUCUUCCUCCCCCAUAUGAAAUUUACCCAUACUAUUACGUCCGUGCUGAUGUCAUUAAGAACGCCUACUUACUCAAGAUGAAGAAGGGUCUUCUCGACAGGAAACUUUGUGACUUCUAUGGCAUCAAGAAGGCAGAAAAAGACGUGUACAUAAUAGAUGAAAACGUUUACGAUAUCCGCGUGAAACUGAACGACGAAGACCGGCUCAGAUACUUUACAGAAGACAUUGACCUAAACACAUACUACUAUUACUUCCAUAUUGAUUAUCCAUUCUGGAUGCGUGAUGACGUCAUUACCAACAAGUUAAUGGACAGACGCUGGGAGCUAACUCUGUACGUCUAUCAACAAAUUUUAGCCCGUUACUAUCUGGAACGUCUCUCCAAUGGUUUCGGAGAUAUCACAAUCUUCUCAUGGAACAAACCAAUCAGGAAAGGAUUUUGGCCAUGGCUGCAGACUCACAAUGGACUCGAGAUCCCCCCAAGAUUUAACAACUUUGUGUUUGACACUAAAAAACAUAACGGUGUUGACUUAUUGGCGCAAGAGUAUGAGAAAAUUAUUAAUGACGCUAUCAUCAAAGGACAUAUUGAGAUCAAUGGUCUGCGUCUAGAGCUCACCAAGCCAGAAGACAUUGAAACGCUGGGUAAACUCAUUUACGGCACUGUGGACAAGAAUGACUCUGUCACCAAGAACCGUAUUGACGCUUACCGCUACUUGCUCAUCAUGAUGAAAGCUACAGUUGGUCUUAACACUGUGACAUCAGACAAGUACUUCGUAGCACCAUCCAUUCUGGACUCCUACCAGACAGCCUUACGUGACCCAGUCUUCUACCAGAUCCAGAAACGUCUUUGCUACAUGAUGUUGCUUUUCAAGAUGCGCCUCCCAAGUUACACUCGCGAGGAGCUGUACUUCCCUGGAGUGAAGAUUGACAAUGUUGUCGUAGACAAGCUAGUUACCUUCUUUGACUAUCACUUAAUGGACAUUACAAAUGCUGUCACUCUAAAUGACGAGGAAUUGAAGAAGGGCACGCCUGAUAUGAAAUUCUUGGUACGCAAACGUCGUAUGAACCAUCAACCAUUCAAAAUGACGAUAGAUAUUAUGUCUGACAAAACAGUAGACUGUGUAGUUCGAGUGUUCUUAGGUCCGAAAGAAGACCAUAUGGGCCGCUUAUUAGACUUGAAUUUGAACCGAGUUAACUUUGUGGAAUUGGAUACAUUCCUGUACAAGUUGAACUCUGGAAAGAACACAAUUGUCAGAGAUUCAGUAGACAUGCACAACAUAGUCCGUGAUAGAAUAUCAACACAUGACUUGUGGAAGAAGAUUGAUACAGUCGCCGACCUGAAGGAUAUUUCCAUUAAGGAUAUUAAAAACUAUCACACAGGGUACCCAGCAAGGUUGGUCCUGCCUAAAGGUAAAGUUGGUGGUAUGAAGAUGCUUCUAUACGUAAUUGUUACGCCUUUGAGACUUGUGGACAACGUAGAUAUCAAUGUUCUUGAUACCACUCGUAGAGACUUGAUUGACUUCAGAUCAACAGUGCUUCUUGAUAAGAUGCCUCUCGGUUACCCAUUGGAUCGUACUAUUGACACUGGAAAGUUCUUCACCCCGAACAUGAAAUUCGUUGAUGUGAUCAUCUUCCACAAAACUCAGGUGUGUGACAUGAAGACCAGAUGGGACAAGUAUGUGCUCAGAAACUACGACAUGGUUGAUGAGGACACUGUUAAAGAUUACAACAUCGAUGUUGAUAUCAAAACAAAAGUAGACAGAGAUAUGAACAUCUUUGAUAUCUAAGAAACUACUUUUAAUGAUCUGUAUCCGAUUGAAGUAAAAAAACGAAUUGCUUAAGCUUAUAUUUAAUUGUCUUAAUGAAAUAGAAAAUGUCAAAUUAUAUGUAUGUAUAUGUAUAUAAAGUAAACUAUUUAUUUUGC